AUGGAUGUGGAAGAGAGAAUAUCAACGAAGAAAAAAAUGGAUUUGGAGGGUUUAUCAGUAAUCUGCAGCGAUCUAGGAGUACCCGAGGAAGACGACGAUAGAAGACGAAUUGGGUACUCCAAAAGCGAGUACUGUCUCGAUAAUUUGAAAGAUUUACUUAGAUUCCUGAGACGCGACGAUCCUGAGAGCAGACAAGUUUUUAAACAAGUCUGUUCUUGGAACAUAGUCGCUAAAGAUUUGAUUCCGAUCAUUGAACAUUACCAAGAUGAGCAUAGCUUAGUUUUAAAUGCAGUUAAGGUGUUGGUGUUUCUUACGAUGCCUAUAGAGACUUCUUCAGAUGAUAUCCCUCAGCAGUUAGAGUAUCUAUGGGGUUUAAAGUCUGCGAUUACUUUUAGUAACAUUGUUCCAGUGAUUGUGUCUUUGCUUGAAGCUCCUCUCGAGAGCUUGGAAUUAGAUGUGUUCAGUGAGGAAGAUUGGAAAUUGGUUCAGCUUGUGCUUACUUUAUUCCGGAAUUUGCUGGCUAUUCAUGAGAUUUCUCCGAUUCAGAAAGCUGGUGAAUCGACUUGUUAUUUUUUGUCGCUGAGGGAUCAGUUUCUUGAACUUUUGUCUCGUGAGAAUGUGAUGGAUAUAUUUCUUGUGAUAACUCAGACUAUUGAAGGUUUUAAUAGUUUGUUGAGGCAUGACAACUUACUUCUCCUUGAAAUUUAUCAUUAUAUUCUUUUGGGUCAAGACAUGGAGCUUAUUGCAAAGGCUCCUGAGAAGUUGGAUCAAGGGAAGAAAGCUUCUAUUGAUAGUUUGAAGACAUUGAUGAAGGAGGAGGAAGUGAAACGAAAGCUUGCAAGACUCAACAAUAUGAGUCAGCGUCAUUCCAAAUUUGGUGGGACAUUCACCCGGGUUACCAUGGAUGGCACUAAAGCUGUACUAAAGGGAAUACCUUCUACUGCGGAGAGCACAAUGCUAAAGCCUCAGCAAGGUCGUGGAGCCGCAGAAAAGAUUGUCUGGGAACAUGGACCAAUGUCCGUGACAAAUGACAAUGUUUUGAAGUUGCUGCAUGAAUUCAUCAAUCAGUUUAUGUCAGGAGGAUAUAAUGUUCUGAUGCAGUCAGUAUGUGAAGAUAUUGAAAAGGAGCAUCCCUCCAUUCAAAAUAGCGACAUCAUUACUUUCUUUCAAGUUGCACAGUCCGUCACCUCUUUUCAAUUUCACAAGUCCUCGGCUUCUAAUCCAGCAACAAGAUCGGAAGAAACUUCUGAACUCUCGACCAAUCAGAAUGCUGGUGUAAACUGUUCUAAGAAUGACAUUUGUGCGCCAAUUGCAGCAACGAUUAACGACAGAAUGUUUUUACUUGUCAUUUCAAAAUGGCGCAGUGCAUUUGAUGGUCUGAAGGAAACUAAAGAAUUUAAGUUUUUAUCUGCAGCAGGUUCUCUUAUGAAAACCAUGCUUUGCUUGUUAGAUCUGGUAAUUAGAUUGCAACCUGAAGACUCUAGAGAAGCUUUUACUGUUCGCAUAUUGCUUUAUAAGUUGUUUUAUGACCAAACUGACCAAGGGAUGUGCCAGUUCAUCCUGAAUCUGGUGAGAAGUUUUGACACGCAUAAGCAACCUAAAAGUGAGCUUGGAGAUCUGGUGGAAAGCAUCCAUGUAAUAGUAGGCCUUAUGGAAAACCUUCAAGGGCGUGGAACUUUGAGGGUUUCAAAAAAAUCAAGGAAGGCAAGAAAGAAAAAACCCAUGGGAAAGAAGGAGGCCACAGUGCAUGACCUGUCUGAAAAACAUCCAGGUACUUCAAAUGAAGCUAGCACUGCAAAAAGCAUACCGGUGGUUGAUUCGACAGUUUCAACGGAGAAUGGACCAAUGGAUGUGCCUCCCAAUAACCCAGGGGCAUCAAACCUAAGGACUGAAGCUGAUGAAACUCAACAAACGCACAGCCCUAAGUCAAAUCAUGUGGUCGAUGAUCUGUCUUGCGGCAGUGACGAUUCUUCUGACGGCGAAGAGCAAACAGCAACAGAUGAAGUUGAUUUUAAGGUUUCCACAUUUAUUUCUGCUUUUGCCAGCAACAGCAUCAUUCAAAACCUUUGCUGGUUGCUUAAGUUUUACAAAACCAACCCAAACCAGACGAAUCACCACAUAAUAAGCAUACUGCGGAGGAUUACAGAAGACUUGGAGCUCUCUCCCAUGUUGUAUCAGCUUUCACUGGUAAUAACAUUCCAUAAGAUCCUUGAUGAGCAGAAAUCUUGUCCCUGCAAAGACUAUGAAAAUAUAGUUACCUUCCUGACAGAUCUGGUUAGAAAUAUGUUGAAGAAAAUGAAGUCACAGCCUCUUCUCUUUGUUGAAAUUCUCUUCUCAAAGACUCGCAAAGAAUGCCAUUACAUAAAUGCUGAAUAUAUGUUGCAUGAGCUUGGCCAUCUAAGAAAACAAAUGGGAAAGCAAGAAAAGGUCGCCGGAACCGAGGAAAAUGAUAUACCAUCAGAGAAAGGAUGGACUCGCCGAAGCUUAGCAGAUGCUCUAGGUGAUGAUGAAGCUGAUGUCGUGAUUUCUUAUGAUCAAGGAUUUCAAAAUGAAGAAGAUCACAUGGUGGAAGAUGAUUCUGCAGGACCAUCUAAAAGAAAGCGAAGACUUGUUCUUGAUGGUGAUAUGGAAAUAAAAAUUAAAGACCUAUACGAAAGGUUCAAAGAUGAUAAAAAUUGCAGCCGGCUAAUUGCUGAAAAUUUGGAUCCUGAUGGUGGAAUCUCUGCUGCACAAGUAACCAACAAGCUUAAACUGCUAGGUCUAGAAAUAAGGAAAAGGCUUCGGCGUGGUGAUAGCUCUAUCCAAGCAAAUGAAGGCAGUAAUGGAAAUGAUGAUCCAGAUCACCUGGAUGCAACAUCACUACAGCAAUCUUCAAACACCAGAAAGAGAGGGAGUUCCUUUAGCAAAGAACAAGAAACACGUAUUAAGGAACUAUACGAGAAGUUCAAGGACCAAAACCGCUGUUGUUAUUUGAUUGCCAAUGAAUUGGGGUCUGAAAAAAAAUAUACUACUGCCCAGGUUUCACGUAAAUUAAAGCAACUUGGUCUCCGUCUUCCUCGUCGUAAGAAGUCUGAAGCUGGUAUGAAGCUGAAAGACGACCAUGAUGAAUCUGCUGCAGAUGAAUCCGACAAUGAAACAUUACUAGCCUUCAAGAACAGGAAGAGCAAAAAAAAUCAGAAGAACAAGCAGCACACAAGAUCAAGCGAUGAGAUCACUUUAGGUGGUUCUGAAGACAACACAGAAAGGAAUGAAACUAGUCCGCAUGUGCCUACCUCUGAUGAAGAAGAGAACAAUGAUCAAGACUUCAUCACCCGGGAAAGUAGAGACUCUGAAACAGAUGUUCACAUCAGCGACACUGCUCCUUCUACUCCAUCUCCAGAAGAUCCAAAUCUUUCAUCAGAUCAUGAACUGGAGGAUGAUGAGUUAGCAGAUUCCGGUGAUGACUCCGCAGCUGGUGGUGCCACCCUCACUCAAAGCCCGCUUAGUAGGAGAAAAAUGAAGAUGGUACUUGAUGAGGAUGACUGAAGAUAAGAGGGCUCCCAUCUUAUUUUGUUUCAUGGAAAACAAAUCCAUAUGAAAUAAACCUUUACUGUUAAGUAAUGUAUAGAAAAUUAGAAAAGAACAUACCAGCCACUGUAACUUUUUUGAGGAAAUUUUGGUUUUUAAUAUUGUUCUAGUGUCUUGUUCAUUUGUUCAGAUUUGUUAUUGGUUGGUUAGGGAGACAUUCAUAGUCCAACGAUUCAAACUACUGGACAAAGCAGAAGAUAAGAACGAUCAUGGUUUUGGUGUGUUUUCC